AUGGAGCAAGAAGAGAAUGACAGCCCAUCUUCGCUAUAUUUCUUGUCUACUCAAAUCCAGUCGCUUCAUGAGGAGUCCGAAAGAACAGACCAGGCUCUUGGCAAACUCAGUAAAUUCAAGAACAAGAGCCCGAGCAACAAGAAAAAGAUAGAUAUGAGGAUCAACAAACCUCGACAGUCCGCAAAAAUGAAGAAGAAAAGCUUGAAGGCAAAACCCACCAAGGCAAACUCUCGAUCAUUAAGUGCCUUCGUUAAGCAAAUGUUUCAAGGUGAACGGAAGCCUGACCGUCAAAGUAUUCUUGAGUACUUUGCUGGAGACGUUUCUAAGGUGGAUGAGUUCCUAGAAAGCGUAGAGAACGCCACUGAAUCUAGACUGGAGCUGCGAAAGCUGGUAGCAUUGCCUUUCAUUCAUUCGCAGGAAGAGUGGGAGGCCCUUCUUAAGAGCAUACGGCUCAAGUUCCCUGAUCUACCCAUGAAAAACCAAAAGACGCUAAAAAAGAUUUCGCAGCAGUUGGAAACUCUACGAAAUAAUUCUGACCUCUCACCAAAUCUGCAAUCCAUUUGGUCGCAGGCGUCUCGCCAGCCUAGCGAGAAUCUCACUGCUGAGGAUGUGAAGUGGUUGUAUGAUCUAGAUGAUGUUGAUGUUGUUGCAGCGAACGAUUCAACCGUGCUAGAUACAUCAGAUGAUGUGAAAGAAGACACUCCAUUCUACUUAACUUUAUCGCAGGCGAUGAAUGAUGACAGAGAACUGUCUCUUAAUGAGGAAUCUACUCAAUCAGAAAAAAUUGUUGACGUGGUUCGCCCGCAAUCACCAAUUGUGAUUUCAGACUCUGAGUCGGAGCCUGAGGCUUAUGUUCCAACCCAAGAUGCCGAGGAGAUUUCAUCCCACCAGGUAGCUGGACCCCCUGAGUCUGUGGAUGUGCUCACUAGCAUUGCAUUCAAAAGUAAGAGGAAUGAGACAAACUUAGGUACACCGACGCAAAGAAACAUCAUAACAGAAGUGCCCUUUGAGUAUGAUAAUGAAACAACCAUAUUCUCUUCUCCAGUGAAGCAUGUCCUCCCAAAAAAACCGAAAACCCCAACGAGGUGGCCUAGUGCGCUAGUUAUCACGUCGUCUCCGGUGUCGUCCGGAAAAGACGAAGUUGGAAAUGAUGAGGAAGAACUCUUUGCCACAGCAAAGACUGAUAUCAGCAACUCUGUUAUUGGAGAACUUGAUACCGGAGGUUAUCUGCUUGAAAAUCCUCAAACAGAAGCAGUGCAAUCAUCAAUGCCUCUGCCGAGAAAAACGAAUCAAGAGAAACGGGUUUUCAAAACAUCUACAGUGGAAUAUCAGGGUGACAUCGAGAUACUUCAUGAAUCUGUGAAUGAUAUUAAGUUACGGAAGUUGACUUCCAAUGACACGUACGAUCAAGUACCAGACUCGGAAGAUAGUGAAGGCGAGGUGAGCAUAAUUGAAAUAAGCAAACCAGUAAUAUCUUCUGAAGAAAUUGAGCAGAUAAAGAAUCCUGAAGUGCUACAAGUACCCUCCAGUCCGCGCCCCACACCGCAGUCGAACAGCCAUGUAGAGUUGCACCUGUUGCUGAUGAAAGAAGUAAAGGAGCUCUAUACCAAUUUGAAAUUGCCACCUACAAAGCUAAAAGCUAAUAUGAUUGAUGCCAUCGAAUAUGCAAUUGAACUUACAGGAACACGUCUAGAUACUUUGUUGAGAAACCCUGAUCAUGAAGUAAAGUCUCGAGAGUUUGGUAGUCGAUUUGUGGAAAUGCUAUAUGACAAAAUUACGAAUCUGAUCAAGAUGGUAGAUGAACUUCAUCUAAAGAUAGCGUUGUUUGAACCCUUGAAUGUUGAGCAGAUAGCAGAACACUUGCAAGAGCAUGUUGAAGUCCCCAUACCCUUGGAUUUAUCGUUUCUUCAAGGGUAUUGUGAUGCAAAGGGUAUAAGCACAACGAAUAAACGAAUCUAG